UUAUGCAGAUGAGUUGUACGUUAGGGUGUGUUGUGUAUGUACAUACCGGAUGAUCGGACUGUCACAAGAGGCUGAUAGAGACCGCUUCUGAUGCUGAGGGGCGCGUGAAAAUGUUCAUCGAGUAACCGACACGUUCGCGAACAGUUUAUUCAAAGACAAGAGAAACGAAAUUUCGUUGAUAAAAAUGCAAUUGCAUCGUGAGUGACCGUCGUCGUGUGUAUGUGUGUGUAAUCCAGCAUUUUAUAAUGGCAGAGAAUUUGUCAAAACGGCCUUCCAAGGGAAUCCUAAAGACAUCCAGCAGUUUUGAUAAUCCAGAGGCGCCUAGACCUAGCAAAGAAACAACAUGGGACGAAAUGAAUAUCAUUGCAACCCUUCAUCCUGCCGACAAGGAUUACGGUCAUAUGAAAAUUGAAGAACCAAAAACCCCAUACAACUUUGAAGGCCUCCAAAAUGAACAUGAAUUUGAUCAGUUGGACGCAAGCACCAUUGCGGCAAAAUUAGCCGGAAGUAGUAAACCCAAAAUUUUCGAAGAAUCCAGUGAGGAAGAGGAGGAGGAGGAAACUCCUGAGGAAAGAGAAAGGAGAAGAGCUUUCGAGGCAAAGAGGAAAGGUCACUAUCGCGAGUGGCACGCCGUACAAAUGGCGAGACGACUUUUAGAGCAAGAGGAAUUGGAAGAAGACGAGGACGAAGAUAACGAGGGUAAAAACAAUGAGGAAAACUCAUCGGAGGAAGAGAGCAACUUUGACACUCGGUUCAAAUGCAUGCCGUCCUGUGAUAGAAAUGAAAACAAAUGAAAACCUCCGAUUGAUGUCUUCUCAGUUUUUAAAAUCGCUCACAAAGCGGUCACACACACAUACAUGUUAGCAGCACUGUUUUAUUUUUAUCAUUUAACAGUAUGAUAAAAAAAUUAUAUGUACGAUAGAUGAAAUACGUUUCAUUACACUUAGAUGCCCGAAGUAAAAUCUCACCGAUUUGAUUGUGUACAUAUAACAGCUUCAUUAGCUUCAUAUCCUCUGUAAAUAAAUGUUUAAAAGACGUCAGUGUUUAAGAGAUAAGAGCUGCUGUUGUUAGAAUUUUUUAAGAUCAAAACCGCCAAGUCUUAAUCUUGACGGGAGGACAAUUGCACAUAUGUAACACAGCCUAGUGCGCGCCCGGGCUUUUUUUUUUUUUCAUAGCUAUCACUAGAUCCAUAGCGAUUUGUACUGACACUCGCUCGUCCGUAGCCGGUUCGGUGUGAGAUUAGGGUUGAAAGUAACAGCAAACGUUACGUUCGCAGCUUAGAACUCACUCACGGAAAUAAAGCUUCAAAACUGUGUAAAACUUAUCGCUUUCGACACAUUUGUCUGUUUAGAUCUGCAUAGAUUCGCGAGAAGGUUCGCUCGUGGUUUUGUGUAUAGUCUUGUUACAGGCCUAUCAACGUUAUUUGUAAAUUUUUUUUUUGUUUUUGAAUAGCGUUGAUUCUCUUCUGUCGUAACGGAUAUUCUCACGUAAACUUGAUGGUCUUGCCAAAACAUUUGCGAGGUUGGAGAGGGAAAGGGGCUUUUGAUGAAGUGCAUCAAACUUUUUGACGAAAAACAAGGCUGAAUAAAUAAAAAAAGAAAAAGAAAAAAACGGUACAUAUAGCAAACAACAAUCGAGAGAUGCCAUAUGUAGUACUUAGAGUAAAAGCCAUGUAUAUUUAAAAGUAUUGAUACAUAUGUGUAACUUAUAUACAAGUCCUGUGAUUAGAAUAGGCGUAUGCUACGUGACGCAGUUUUGUUUCCUCUUGUAAUGUUCGAUUUUGCUUUCCAAGCUGUCUGUAUGGAAAAAAAUCGAGUUAUCGAUCAUGCAUUCUUUUUUUUUUUUUUCAUAUACUUUGUUAAUGGUAAAUGUUCAAACUAGUAGAGAAAAUCGGGACGCGAGGCGAGAUGAACCGCGCCUGUAGAGAUUGUACAGAUUCUCAGUCUAAACCUGUCCAAGUUUAUGAUAUUUCUCUUUUAUUAUUUUCGUCCAUAUUCAAUUUUUUACCAGUUAUCCUCGCUCCGUUGGAACUGCGUCGAUCGGUACGGAUUAAAUAAUCACAAUUGCAACGCACAAGUACAACGAACAUAUGCAGUACGUAAAUUUAAUCUUGCGUUCUUCCUUCCGGUUGUUUUUUUUUUUUUUAUCUUUCUCGUUUGAGAACGAAACGAAGAAAGGAAAUAAGAAAGUUCGAAGAGAAUCGAAACUCGGACAGGCUUAGUCGAUUAAGUUUAUAUAGUGUUGAAAGAUAAUAAAAGAAAAUAGAAUGUACAUUUCAAAACAAAAAAAAAAAAACAAA